GGUCACUCUGCACCGCAUAUCUUUAGUGAGAUAAGCGGUAAAGGAUCAAAAUGGCGUCUCUUCUCAGCUUGUGUUUACUUCUACAGGCUACCGUGACAGUGUUUGGAUACCCUAGUACAGACAACAUCAACUUCUACUGUGACAGUACAAUCACUGUCUUCGAUUCCGUGAUCCUGAAGCUAAAGAGUUACUCCUGGCCUAACGACGAUACAUGCUCAGUUACGCUCACGGCAAGCAACUUCUACCACACCAACGCCUACCUCUCUGUGCAGUUCCUCGACAUCGCCCUUCCUGACGGUCUUUCGGGCGACUGCCCCCGCAGUCGUGUGGAUGUCAAGGAUUCAUACGGCACCUUCCUGAGCAGUCAGUCGGGUGUGUGUGGCUACACGACGCCGUUUGAUCAGCCCUGGACAAGCACUGGCGACAGUGUAGUGGUCAGACUCAAACGUCUCCAGUCGGGGCAGACCGGGUCAUUCCGGAUCUUGGUGUCGCAGUUUGCCAAUGGUGUCUGUGACGAAUAUGGCGAAUAUGAGUGUGAUAACGGCCGAUGUGUGGACAGCUCCGUCACUUGUGACGGCUACGACGACUGCACCGACGACUCCGAUGAAACCUCCGGGUGUACCUGGGGAGCAGGAAGCAUCGCCGGUGUUGCUGUCGCCGUCACCUGUACCGUCCUCAUAUUCUUCGGCAUUUCUUUUGCAGUCUAUAGACGAAGAACAUACGGGACUGUGUUUUGGCGUUCCCCCGUUAUGUACGGCGGCCAGACGGUAGUGCAGAACAACAUGGCCCUCACCCCCCAGUACGGAGUGCAGAACCCGGCCCCCGUUUACACCGUGUCGCCCCCUCCAUAUAGCGCUACAUGAUCAACUAAACUCUAUCUUUGCUUUUUGAUGAAUAUGACAUGUUGUAAAUCAAAUAUGUAGAUACAAUACCACCGAAAAUGUAAAGUAAUCGCUUCAUUUUAGCGAGGCUGGUGUUAUAAAACAUGUAAUUAUUUUUUUAAUAGUCGUUUUUAAUCUAGAGACUUCGUGCAAUACUUGAGACAAUUAAUUUUGUAGAAUCACUGAUACAUAUUUAUAUACAUAUUGACAAAAAAAUUCAACAUUUAUUAGUUUUGACUUUCCAUUAUAACGUUUAGUAACAGUGACAAUUUCCCCAUAUCCAAACCAUUCGGAGAAAAUUUCAUUAUUCAGCUUUGUAAAUAUACAUAUAUGCAGGUAUGUUUCUGCUGAAUGGGUAAAUAUAUAUAUAUAUAUAUAUAUAUAUAUAUAUAUGCAGGUAUGUUCCUGCUGAAUGGGUAAAUAUACAUGUACGUUCCUGCUGAAUGGGUGAAUAUACAUAUAUGCAUGUAUGUUCCUGCUGAAUGGGUAAAUAUACAUGUAUGUUCCUGCUGAAUGGGUAAAUAUACAUGUAUGUUCCUGCUGAAUGGGUAAAUAUACAUAUAUAGAUGUAUGUUCCUGCUGAAUAGGUAAAUACACAUGUAUGCAGGUAUGUUCCUGUUGAAUGUGUGACUAGGAAAAGAUUCCCCUUUUCCUGGACACCUGGUUUUAUCACAAGGAAUCCAUUUAUAUUAUUUCAAGAUCCUACUGGGAAAAUAAUCAAGACAGAUUUUUCCAGCGUCGACAUAGCGUCUUUAUGUAACGACGCACAAAUCUGUUCAACAUAGAUAACAUUUUGAUUUGGGGACACUGUUAGUGCAGUUAUCAAAUGGACGCUUUCAAAUGACAUCAUCCGUAUACAAUUAUUGAUAAAUGUCUGGAUUAAUUGGAAUGACUCUUGUGGAAAUAAAAGUAAUAUUGUUUUAA